AAAUCUACUGAGUGGCAAGCCUGACCAGCUGUUGUGCAUGUCCUCUUGUGCAUCAACAACAUGUUACAAAAGUAACACCCGUGCAUCCCUCCUAUCUUGUGUUUAGUUUAUGAAUCUGUAGUGUCCUCCUCCACACAAUGUACGUCGUGUCACGGCUGAGACAAGGGGCGUGCAUCACCCGGCCCAUUCUUCACUCCCAUUCGUUUAGCCGCUUGGCUCAACAACAUAAGCCUUUUGUUUCUAAAUUGUAUUCCACCAAUCAAAGUCCACCCUCUGCCAAAGUUCCUCCCUCCUCGUCAAAGAAAUCCCAUUUAUUGAAAGUUGUCAUUGGCAGCGUCAUCGUCGGGACAGGCUACGCCCUCUAUGAAAGGUCGAAGGCGGCCAAAGCGCCACCUAUUGGCAACCCUCAAACUUCGCCGGAGGACUUUUUGUUAAAAGAGGAAGUGCCUGAAUUGAAAGUUGCCCGGCGAUUUGUUAACCCCAGUGACCAGACUGGCCUUAAACUUACCUUGUUUCAGUACCAACCAUGUCCGUUUUGCUGCAAGACACGGGCUUUGUUGGACUAUUAUGGCCUGAGCUAUGACGUCAUUGAGGUCAACUCUGUGACCCGCACUCAGGUAAAAUGGUCGGAUUAUAAGAAAGUGCCCAUAUUGGUGGCUGAGACGCCUAGCGGUCAGAAAAUGAAGCUGACCGACUCCACCAUGAUCAUUUCGGCCAUGGCCAGUUUCCUCACGGACAAAUCGCAAAGCCUUUUGGAGGUGGUUUCGUGUUUCCCGCGGAUCAACUAUCGAGACCACGACGGCAAGGAGAAAAUGGACGUCAUGAACAAGUACUUCUUGAUGUACAAGGACGCUCCCACACAUCGAACCAAAGAAGACAUUGUCAAUGAACGGAAAUGGAGACGAUGGGUGGACGAUGAACUCGUUCAUAAGCUCAGUCCUAAUGUUUACCGAACUCCUUCGGAAGCUUUGCAAGCCUUCUAUUGGUUUGAGGAAAUGGGUGACUGGAAAGAGCAUUUCGCCACAUGGGAACGUUACUUGGUGAUCUACUUCGGAGCCUUGGUCAUGUGGAUCAUUGGCAAGCGCUUGAAGAGCCGACACCACCUCAAGGAUGACGUGCGAACCUCCUUGUAUGACGAUUGCAAUCACUGGGCCAAACAAGUGAAGAAGCGUGGUGGGCGUUUCAUGGGCGGGGACAAGCCCAACUUGGCUGACCUGGGCGUGUAUGGUGUUCUGAGUGCCAUUGAAGGGUGCGACGCCUUCACGGACCUGAUGAAAUAUUCGGAUAUCCGACCUUGGUUUGAGGCCACCAAGGAGGCCAUCCAGAGCCAUGAAGGACAAUACCUUUUGCAAGGCCGAUAAGUGACGACAAAGUUGGAACACAUCGCUUGCAGGAGGUAUGGAUCCACUUGAAAGUCAAAAAGCUACACUAGUAUUGGUGCGUGUUAAUUUUGAUCGUGAUUGUCCUGCUCCUUUGAACAGUUUUUUGCAAUAAAGCUCAACAAUUGAUUGUGCCACCGUAA